CUACAAAUCCAACUCAGCAACUUCACUCAGAACAGACUAACAAAUCAUAACCGUAUGUAUUUUACCAUCAUAAACGGGUUUGCACUCUACCAUACAUUGGUGCAAGUGUUGAAGAUUAAAGUUUUGUCGGUCUUUUUAUUCUAAUAUAUCCAAAGCGACAGUUACUUUUGAUUGGUUACCUUAUAGGAUUUCGCAAUUAUAGAGAGAGGUAUUUUAUUCAAGGAAACGAUUGGACAAAGAACUAUCUUCUCCGGCCACAAUCGAGAGUAAGUUGCUAUGUAUUAUUAAUAUUAUUAUUAUUAUUAUUAUUAUUAUUAGUAGUAGUAGUAGUAGUAGUAGUAGUAGUAGUAGUAGUAGUAGUAGUAGUAGUAGUAGUAGUAGUAGUAGUAGUAGUAGUAGUAGUAGUAGUAGUAGUAGUAUAGGCUAUCAUUAUUAUAGGUAUAGAGUCGUAAUUGUACAACAAAAGGAUGAAUAGGCUACCUAUUAGCCUAUAUGCUAUACAGGCAUCGUCCCACAGGCAACAUCCAACAGCAAAAAUAAUAGCCUAUAACAAUAAAAUAAAUACAAUUGUGUAUUAGGCCGUAUUAGGUUACUGUGUUUGUACAUCAAAUUUACGGUCAAUUAACACCUUGCUUAUCCAGGAGAAAGAGCGAAACGUCCUGACACAUAUUAAUCGACUGAUAAAACUCAUUAGACCACUGAACACUCCGGUGUGUAUUGUGUAUGGAUCUUCAAUGUAAAUCCUACUGUAGAACACUGGAAAACAGUUUUACUACACAGUUUCUGUUCUACAUGUGACAAUGAAUUUUGUAGUUUUUAAACUCAGUGCUAGUUUGUAGCUACAUUUAAACCCAAGUUAGGCCAAUAAUUCGAGCCGUAAUGUUCUUCAACAUGAAUAUUAUAUUUUACAAAUUGAAUAACUAAUGUUUGUCACGAUGACUUUCUUCAAUCUGCAUCCCAGUGAAUGUUCUCAGUUUGUGUGAAAAUGCAUGCAGACAAAGGGCGAUAAUUGAGGAGGCGUGUAGUGAAGCCCCUCUCUGCCUGUACAACACCUCCCUCCCCGCUCAGUCCUCCAUGGAACAGCCAUGCGGGACAGGGCAUGCGGGAGGGUCAUGGCAAUUCUCUCAAAUAUAGCCUGCAUCGCAGAAAUUGUGCACGUUUUUAUUAGUGUACAGAGCUGUUGCAGGGAGGGGUGUGUUUAUCCGUAAAAAAAGUCAUAGAAAUCAAAUAGUCCAAUUCACAUUCUAAAAGUGAAUAUUUUUCUAACACGUUAAUAUCAAUUGAGUAGCCUAAAAUCAAGAUAUUCUUAAAAUGUUUUGCCUAGAGGCUAUUAUUUAGCAUAUAUACGCCUGUAAAUUGAUUUGUUUCCAUUAUCCAAAUGUCUAACUACAAUGAAACACUUAUGUAAAUGUAAUGAAUUGUUGUAUCAUGAUUCUGCAUGCCAUAUGGAUAUGAAAUAAAAUAGAGGAACCUGUGUAUUUUUGUUAACACUUAUUUUCGUCAGUUUGCAGAGUUAUUAUGGCCGAAUGCUGUGCAGAGUUGAGGAUAGCGUCCUGUAAUUAGGGUGCGCGUGCCACCCGGAUUAUCUCAUUAAUUAAUCAACAAACACAUUUAUCAUAAUUAAUUAUUGGACUGGGUCAUUAUUAUAGAGCGGGUGUGCAACUGCUAUACGAGGUCUGUUUUAAGUGUGACAGAUUGAGUGGAGGGAAAAAACCGUUGGAUGGAUAUUAAAAAAUGCAAGAGACGGUUAUAAAGUAAACUAUUUAGACAAAGAUGUAUUGGUUUAUUGGUAAGGGUGUGGGUCACCACAAGUUGAAUUUAAACCCGUUUUCCAGGUAGGAAUAUUCCAAUAUCAUCGAAUUGUUCAAUCUUUAUGAAGAUACUCCCGGAAAUAUGUUAACCUAAUUUUUAAUCAGAAAUAUGUAUGUAAAGCCAUUGAGGUGGAAAGUGGCAUACUAUCGAAUAUAUUAAAGUUAGUCCUAUUAUGCUCUCAUUUGUAAAUUCAAAAACUCAAUAUUUUCCUGUGCAAUAUUAUUUUAAAAUUUGAUUGAUUCAUCACCAAUGUCAAAGUAUUAAUAAAGCAUGCAUUUACCAAUACAUCUUUGUCUAAAUAGUUUACUUUAUAACCGUUUGAAUGUCAAGGCUGAUGUGCCCUCCAGCCCAAUACUACGUUUUUUUUUUAAAUGGGUUUUAACACCUUUAAAUUAGUCAAGAGGCGUUUUGACAGUGGGAGAUAGGGGGAGUUAGCCCAUAACUUAGAAUGCGGUUGCCUGUUUGGUUAACUCAAGUCUCCCUAAGCAUAUGGCCUCGUUAUCAAAACAUUUCGAUUGCCUUCUGAACGUUCUUCAACCUUGGAAAUCUAAUUACAGAGAGCAAUUAAUUAGGAUGGAAAUAGUGAAGAACCUAUUGGGCACAGUCGAGUUCCCUUCAAGUUUUAAGUUGUUAGCUGAAGUAGACCUCUGUUUUCACAUUUUAAUGACACCCUAUUCACAUUUAUAGCGAUUACUGGUGCGGACAAAACCAAGAGGCAGAGUGAAAAGCUUGGGUUAGUGAAAUACCUAAUGUACAAAAUGGGCCCGAUAAGUUGACUGCAUUGUUAGCUACUUUUCGCCAACGGGGGUUUUGUUAUCUGUCGGGUCUACAGUGUCUUUGUCUCGGCAAAUGGCCCCCAUCAAUUCCCUUAUAUUUGAGACAAUUAGCUGGGUUCUAUGUAAAUUGUGGUCCUAGCUGAGUCCCAAUGUGUGUGUGUGCAUUUGAGCGACUGUGUUUUGUUCUUUUAGAGGACUUGUUGCAAUUAUAGGAUGUUGCUUUUUUUGGCUGGGGGGAGGAGGGGGGGGGGGGGGAGGGGGGGGGGGGGGGGGUUGAGGGAGGAACGUUUGUCAAGAUGAGCCAAGCUCAAGAGGACAGCUGGGGGUCUGGGACUGUUUUAAGAACAUGCUGCGGCUGGAUAGGAUUGUUUCCCAAGUAAUCACAGGGCUGAGUCCAUCAAAUGCUAUUUAAACUGGAUGCAACUUGCUUUGCUAAAUUUCUUAUCUUAUUGUGAUUUCUGGAACAGGCAUCCAGCGGCAAAAUCGAGACAGCGAGAAAAAGAUCAGAUAAACAACCAAGAACAUCUACGAGCCUUACCCAAUUUUCAAAAUUUUCUCCAACUUUACCCCCCAGUCCAACAUUAGCAUGAUGUCGUAUCUCAAGCAACCACCUUACACAGUCAAUGGACUGAGCUUAACGACCUCUGGAAUGGACCUUCUGCAUCCAUCCGUAGGCUAUCCAGGUGAGUUUCAGCACUUUUUAGGCGUGCGCAUGGAUGCUUUAAUAAUUUAUGUCAACUCUUCAUUUGAUUAAAUUGUCCAAUUAGGAUCAAAUCAGGUAGGCCUAUAGCCUACUAAAGCUUUAAUGAGUCUGAUUACAAAAACAUGCCAAGGGAUUCUUGCUACUAAUGCGUAAUCAUAUUGCUGCAAUGAGGGAAGACGUCAACUAACUGUUGCAUUCUGUAGUACUGACUUUAAAAUUAUUAUUUCAUUAAAUGUUUGUAACGUUUCAUUGGUCCUGAAUUUGUCUUAGCGCUGAAUAGCAAAUACAUGUGAAACAAAGUUGUUAUAAGUUACACUUAAAAUCGAAUACAAUUCAUUCACAGUUGUGUCUCAAUAUCCCUACUUUAUAUUCUGAUAAUCUCAUGUGGGUAGAAUUAACAUUUUAAAUUAUGCAUCUGUUUAUUUUCAACAGCUACACCCCGCAAGCAGAGACGAGAAAGGACGACUUUCACACGCGCCCAACUUGACAUUUUGGAGGCACUGUUCGGCAAAACUCGCUACCCUGAUAUAUUCAUGCGCGAGGAAGUAGCACUAAAAAUCAACCUACCGGAGUCUCGUGUACAGGUGAGUGUUGACCAAGACAAAACAGAAUAUAUCUACCUAUCCCUGUGAAUAAUAAAUAUCCUCUGCUUGUGGCAACUCAAACGAGGAGAGGAGACAUAUGGCCAUAACAAUAAUUGGCAUAGCAUUCAUAAAGAGACCCUUUGAAAAACGUAAAUGGAUUAAUCAGUAUACUUUAAUUUUAAUUUUAAGUGUCAACCAGUGCUUUUCAACAUCAGUAUAAUAAUACAUCUCCAAAGUCUAUGAUCAACACAACACACAUAAAGGACUGUUUGGUUCAUGCGUCAAAUGCCUAUUUUCGUCACAUUUUGGAAACUCUAUAUAUAAUAGAUGGCUUGUUUAAACUGUUUGGGUGAUUAAUUGUGUUUGCUAUUUUGUGUUUGUUUUAGGUUUGGUUUAAGAACCGAAGGGCAAAGUGCCGCCAGCAGCAACAGCAGCAGCAGAACGGGGGCCAGAACAAGGUACGACCAGCCAAAAAGAAGAGUUCUCCAGCCAGGGAAGCGAGCUCUGAGAGCGGGGCGAGUGGCCAGUUCACACCGCCCUCAAGUACUUCAGUCCCGACCAUCUCAACCAGCACCGCGCCAGUAUCUAUCUGGAGUCCAGCCUCUAUCUCUCCGCUGGCUGACCCUCUCUCUACCUCCUCCUCCUGCAUGCAAAGAUCAUACCCAAUGACCUACACACAGGCCUCGGGAUACAGCCAAGGCUAUGCCGGAUCAACGUCAUACUUCGGCGGAAUGGACUGUGGUUCUUACCUUACUCCCAUGCAUCACCAGUUGUCUGGCCCCGGGACGACACUCAGUCCUAUGAGCACCAACGCCGUCACAAGCCAUCUGAACCAGUCCCCUGCAUCCCUCUCCGCUCAGGGCUACGGAGCCUCGGGGCUAGGCUUCAACUCCACUGCAGACUGCUUGGAUUAUAAGGACCAAGCGGCAUCCUGGAAACUGAACUUCAAUGCAGAUUGCUUGGAUUAUAAAGAUCAGACUUCAUCGUGGAAAUUCCAAGUCCUGUGAAAAAAACAAUAUGUAAACUAUUCAAACAAAGACAAUGAUGAUAAAUCAAACAUAUAGCUCUGCCAUCCUUCAAUAAGAUAUAUGCUUAAAAGACUGAAUAUUCGUGUCGUCGGUAAGGAACUGCGAGAGAGAGGGGGCUAUCGGUGCCUCGUGUUGUUGGCAUGAUGUUUGGCCCCAGCCCAUAGAGGAGAAGUUAUACUUUAUUUUAGCGUUGGCUAAGAGACUUUAUUUUCAUUAACCUCACAGGUUGUAGCCCUCUCAUCUGUAUGUCUGUCAGUGUGUGCCUCUAUGCUUACAGCACCUGUUGGUUAAUUUAAGGAAAACUCGGAGUGGACUCUUAGUAAUUUAUGGUACAUCACAGCCACGGAACAAAUCCUUAUCCAAGAACAGAGGAGCCGAUCUUUUGGUUAAGAGCUUGGGAUGGACAGGCUUCGUUUAAGCCUUACAACUUGCCGACCUAUUGGCAGAGGGACUGAUCAGGAUGAUGUGUGGACUGCGCGCUCCCGAGGCGACAUGGAUGCACUACUUUAUUUAAGAAAAAGUGUUUAUAAGGAAUCAAUAUGUAGUUUCUAAGAGACAAUCAGUGUGUGUCUUAUAUAAAUGGUACAUAUGUGUUUUUUUUAAAUCUGUGCUAGCCUUCGAAACUGUGAUCUGUUGUAUUGUAUGCAAUUUGUGAGCUCCCUCGCAUCAGCGAUGACUCUCUGCAGUGAUUUUAAUAGAUUUUUAACUUUUUGAACAAAAAAAAAAUUAUGGAUAAUGAUAAAAUAAUUCUUAUUGCAAGAGACAACCUGACUGUCCAAACCCAUGGUAGAACAUCUGAGGUGAUACUGGAAAAGAAAAUCGAUUGCUGAGAGCUCUCUAGACUUGCCGUGUCCCUCUCCAUUGAUCACACACGCUGACUGUGGAUCCCUAACAUGGCUCCAAAGAUUGUGUGACCCCACCGCUGAACAGACAUGAAUAAAGGUCCUGUGAUCUGACCCCCUCAUUUAUCAAUUAACUUAAUA